AUGGUUGAGAUUGUCGAAGAGCCCGAUGAUGGUAGCCAGCCGGGCGCGAGCUCGAGCCGCCCACAACCCGCAAACAUGCCAACAAUUGUGCAAUAUGUUUCGUCGCACACCAUCGAUAGUGUCAUGUUCGCCGCAAGGCUGCUCACCGUGUUCUUCGCGAUCAAUUACAUGCUUCCAAUCUUCGCAAUUUUCGAUCCAUUCGCCGCCUACUACAAACUCUUCGCCGCUUCCGCCGCCACGUUCGCGCUGCGUCUUCACACCCGCACUCAAGGCCGAAUCUCGUUCACACGCGAGUUCCUAUCGACGCUCGUCAUGGAAGACGCGUUCCACUAUCUGAUCUAUUCGGUUCAAUUCCUAAUGGCACCGCCCGUCUCGAUGGCAAUCCUUCCCGUCACAUUGUACGCCGCGUUGCACAGCUCGAGUUAUUUGGUCAAACUUCUCAAAGAGACGGGCCAUCAUUCGCCGCUCGUCGACCAUUUGGAGCGAUUCCAGUUGGCGCAAACGCAAAACGUGUUGGGAAUUAUCGCGUGCGCCGAGAUUUUCCUCGUGCCCCUGUUGGUCUCAUUGAUUUUGAGCGGCCGCGGCUCAUUGAUGCUUCCGUUCGUCUAUUAUCGCUUCUUGACCCUUCGCUAUUCAUCGAGAAGAAAUCCGCAUUCCAGACAAGCGUUCGCCCAAAUGCGAAUGUCUUUGGAGCAAAUCGCCUACGCCAACUCGUGUCCGCAAUUCGCGCGCGGUCUCAUCCAGAAGGCGAUCAGCUUCAUCUCAAGUCUCGCACCGCCGACGGUCGCUUAA